AUGUCAUACGUAAAAGGAAUGACAAAUGACGAAUUCCUGAUGAAUAUAAGUAAGAAUAAGAAUGCAAUGGAUGUCAUUAAGAAAUGUAAUGAGCUUAUCAAUGUUUUGCCAAUUCAUGAUGAAUUUGAACAAUCUUGGAUGACUCUGACUUGUUCUUACGUGGGUGGAGGAAAACCGUGGAUAAGGCUUAGACAGCUAGAGAAUAAUAAUGAGACGGAGCCGUACUCGAGAUUGAACGGGGUAGAAAUCGUAUAUAACGAUUAG